GUCAAACCAAAGUAUGCGUUUCGUUGUUUCCGGCAAAGUGUCACGAUGUUGUCAUUGUUGUCAUUCUUGUUUUCCCCCUUUUUCCGGUAUACGUGCUUGCUAGUGGACACAUUUCGUGAAGGAUAAUUCGCCAAAAUGGUCCAGCGACUGACGCUUCGACGACGCUUGUCGUACAACACCAAGUCCAACAAACGCCGUAUUGUCCGCACCCCCGGUGGACGUCUGGUGUACCUGUACGUGAAGAAACGCCGUACCCUCCCGAAAUGUGGUCAGUGCAAGAAGGAACUGAGCGGUAUCAAGCCGUCCCGGCCCUGCGAGCGUCCACGUAUGAGCCGUCGCCUGAAGACCGUCACCCGUACGUUCGGUGGUGUGCUGUGUCACCGUUGCCUGCGCGAGCGUAUCAUCCGUGCAUUCCUGAUCGACGAACAGAAGGUCGUGAAGGUGCUGCGCGCUCAGCAGCAGGCCAAACCGGCCGGCAAACCAGCCAAGUCUCCGAAGGCCGCCAAGCCGACGAAAGGAGCGAGCAAAUCGAAGUAAAUGAGGAUGCGCCUUGUGUGUGUGUGUGAAUG